AUGGCUCCUGGAGGCGAGCAAUCCGGUCCUACACCGAUCGCAAUUGCGAAACGGCGCACCCGCAAUCGUGUUGCACAAAGGUCGUUCAGGGAGCGGCAAGCACGAUAUGUAAAGGAAUUGGAGCAUAAGGUUGCUCAGACAUCACAGGACGAAAGUCCAAGGCUUAAGAGGUCAGAGCAAGAAUGCCAUAGACUACGUGAGGCCUUGAUGGCCACAAAGACUCGAAUCUUGGGCCUAUGCACGGUAUUGUCUGGAAUUGCAGAUAAUAUCGACACAUCAUUGGACUGCCUCACAGACGGUAUUGAGAUUGGGUUGUCUCAAGAUCAAAGUCAAGGUCAAGACAGUGAUGGGCACGGCCAACAAGACGGUAGUCAAGUUGACGUCGAUGGAGAUAUUGACGGGCCUGAGUCAUCUUUGUAUGAUAUCCAAACCAGUAACCCACAGCACAAGGAUUUGUUAGACGAAAAUCGAACAAUUGGUACAGCCAUCGAGUCGCAGAGUAUACUUGGCAACGAACCUCAACAAACCAUAAGUGGACUUGAUCAAGUUUCCUGGGUGAAUGGCCAGCACAACAAUAUUAUGUCUACCAAUCCAUUCUUAUCUCCAAACACCCUCAUGCAGACGGCCAAUCAUACACAGCAGCCUAGCAAUCACACAUACACAGAUUUCAUUGACCACGAGGUAUCUCGAUGGCCACGGGACGAAAAUCAAUCAGAGAGCGCGCAAAUGCACUUCCCCUUCUUCAAUUCUAGUUCUCCUGGUGAGAGCAUGAAGUUUCCAGUUAUGAAUAUCGGAUUUCCACCAGGUGUUGCAAGUUUUCCUUCUUUAUUCUCGGCGCACCUUGCUGUGUGCGAGUACUUCACCAAACAAAAUCAAGCUUAUCGGGAUCGACUUCAGAUAGGGGGCAAAGAAUCCUAUGCCAAACUAAUAACCACAAUGGUUAACAUGUUUGUCAAUACUUGUUGGCCAGAUAUGAGGAUUUGGUGGGCGUACAUACAGUCUUCAACUGUUGUUGAGAAGCUUGUGCGCUGGAAACUUGAUCCUUGUCUGGAGACUUACAAGUCUUUGCCUUUGACCCAUCGCCCGACAGCACUCCAAUUAUGUACCGCGCAUCCAGAUAUUAUUGAUUGGGCAUUCUUUCCCUCAAUUCGAGAUCGCAUGAUAGAGCUGUAUUCACACAGUUGGAUGUUGGAUGAGAUCGUGUGCGAACUUGUCAACGCGUAUGUUGUGGAAGCAGACCUAACCAGACUUGUGACUGGAAUGGAGAACUUCCCAGCUCGGAAAGGAUAUUUCAGCAUCUGGGAUAUUGUACAGACAAUUUCCCGCGAAGGCACAGGAGUACAUCCAGCUCAGCCUAACCCAGAUUUGUGGGGAAGUGAAAUUCAUCUAGAUGAAGGACUGUUCGCAGGGCCCACGAGUCCUUUCGAAAUUGAGCAGCCAGGGAGCGAUGGAACUUGGAUCAAAAUGCCGUUUGACCAAAUCUAUCAGUCACGGAAAGCGGCAUUGAAACUAUUCAGGUUGUUGCACAUGGAAGACCGGCGUACUGUCAAGGUAGACCCUGUCUUUGCAGCUGCGCAUCCCGAGCUAUGUGAUGAUUAUUAUCAGGGAAAGCGAGUGCCAAAACCAUUGGCGAUGAUAACGAAUAGGCCAGAGGAUGCGAGCUUUGAGAUCGAUGUCAAUGGAACUCAGAUUCGAGGGUUGUCUUCACAACUGCGAGUAGCGAAAUUCCUCGGAAUACCCUAUGCAAAAGUUAAACAGAGAUUCAGCAUUGCCCAGAGGAUAUAUCUCGCCUCAUUAGGAGACAGGGUAGAUGCAACAAACUUCGGGCCACGCUGCCCCCAAUCCUUCAACCAUGGGCCUCAAAGGCGCAAACACCUAUACCAAGGAGUUCGGCUUCCAUCCAACAGCCCUGCUUCUGAACAUGACUGCUUGAAUCUCAACGUCUACACUCCAGUGCAGGCUGUAUCGGAAAAGUCAAGUCUCCCUGUUCUUGUCUGGAUCCACGGUGGUGGUUGGGUAUUUGGCGAUGGGGGUGCUGAGUAUGAGGGGACAUUCAUUGUGCAGGAGGCCUCUAGAGUCGACAAACCCAUUAUUUUUGUCACGCUCAACUAUCGACUAGGAUAUUAUGGAUUUCUCAGUUCUCGCGAGUUGCAAAUGGAAGCCGAAGCCGAAAACAAAGAGUACUGUCCGAACCUGGGACUUCAUGAUCAACGUCAGGCAUUACAAUGGGUUCAAGACAACAUCGCAUAUUUUGGCGGAGAUCCUUCCAAUGUGACUGUUGCUGGGCAAUCAGCCGGAGCUUGGUCGGCUCUAAGCCACCUUGUCACUAACAUGGCACUGUGUAAGAGAGGUCUAAUCAUGUCAGCGACUGUCAUCUCUUUCCCAACUGAGAACGAGAAUCAAGAGGUUUUCGACACCUUGGUUGCAAGAGCUGGUAUUGACCCAAACGCCUCAGCCCAGGAGAAAUUGGCAGCGCUGAGGAGUCUCAGUGAUGAGCAGAUGACAGCAUGGCUAGAUGGAGCCGUUCUCAUUCGCCCAUCUUGGGACCCGAAAUGGUUUUCGGCCUUGAAUGGACCAUCAAGACUUGACGAGACCAAAUCUCUUCCCGACUGGGUCGAAGGUAUUUUGAUUGGGUCUACCAAGGACGAAACCGCAAAUAUCCGACCUUUCUGGACACCAUUCACGCCAGAGGUCAUCCUCAGCGCCGUCAAAUCAGUCGUGCCAAACCAGAAGAUGGGCGACGAAAUCGUCCACACGUACGGCAUAGCCUCUAAAUUCCAUCAAGACACUUUGAAAGGAUUACUCGAUCUUACUACUGAGAGCUUUUUUGGACUGUUUCCACAAGUUUUGGGCCAGCUUCGAGCACCAGUGAGUGUCUAUCAUUUCGAGCAACCCGACACGUUUGAGGAAAGCAACUACAGAGGCAAGGCUUAUCAUUGCCUAGAUCUACCAUUUCUGUGUAGGAUGCCUGCUGUCGCAGGUGCCAAUGCGGAUCCCGAUAUGAAGUUGACUUCUGAUGCGUUGACGACGGCAAUCUCGACAUUCGUUCAUGGAAAGCAGCCAUGGGAACCUUUCCACCAUUCUCAGAAGGUAAUGGUAUUCAGAGGGAGAGAGUCUGGAUUACAACAAUGGCCUUCUAAUGAACGAUGGAGGCAAUUCUUCACUAGCUCAGAGCGAUCACGAGCGUUGGUAGAUACUGGUCGUCUAGUGAUGACAUAUAAUCUGGCGCAGCUUGAAAGGGAGGGCUUAGAAUGA